AUGGCACAGAUGAGUGGAGAGCAGAACUCGGAUGAGGACGACAGCAGCAGUGACAGUGACGAGGAUGACAUGCUGCCGCCCGGCAUGACGGCUGCUCAAGCUGCCGUCACCUCAUCCGUGUGUGCCAGCGCAGCCAUGCCAGGCGGGGGGGCCAUCUUCCACCCGCUGGCCAACCUGCGCGCCAUGGAGGACAGACUGCAGUCCAUCAAGGAGACCGUCGAUGCCCGGCCCCCGACACCCCCAGAGCUGAAGAAAGAAGAGCCUGAGGAAGGGGAGGAGGCUGCCAUCAAGUCUCCCCCAGCCUGGAAUGGGGAGGAGGGCGAGGAUAAUGAGGAGGAUAUUGUUGAGAUUGGGGAGCAAGAGAUAGAGGGGCUGCGGGGGGCCCUGCAUGAGGCCCCACGUCGGGGGGACGAUGGCCCCAUGCAGCUCAAGGACGAGCUCGACUAUGAGGACGACCGAGACGAUGAGGAGGGAGAGGAGGGCGAACUGGGGGAAGUUGUGGCCGUGGCUGAGAGGGAGGAGGGGGAGCUCAGUGAUGACAAUGAUGACAGCUCCAUGGUGCAGAACGAGCCCAAGACUGUGUGUCGGUUCUUCAACAAGGGCCAGUGCACGUGGGGCACCAACUGCCGCUUCCUGCACCCCGGCGUUAGUGACAAGGGCAACUACAACAUGUUUGCUCCUGCACGCCAAGGAGCCGAGAACAAAGAGAACGAAGGCGACGCUGACGCUGGCAAGACCGGCGACGGCGCAGCAAAAACUGACGAGAAGAAGACCGAGCCCAAGGCUGGGCGCCCUCGCUUCUACCCCGAGCCGUCCCCCUUUGAGACGGCCUGGGAGCGAGGCUUGCGACACGCCAAGGACUUGAUCAAGAGGUCACACAAGCGGCGUGAGAUGGACGCAGACUUUGAAGAGAAGAGGUUCAACUUGUCACUAGGGCAGGCGGAGCUGGACCACCUGCCUCCUGUAGCCCCUCUGCCUCCUGUAGCCCCCCUGCCUCCUGUAGCCCCUCUCUAG